AUGAAAUACAUUAGACAAUUGAUAUUCAAUCAUAUCAAUGAUAUAUCAAAUCAAUUGUACAAAGGCAGUAUUUUUGAUGGUAGGGAGCGAUCAUCAAAAGGAAGAGAUAUCAUCAAGUUAACAUUACCUCGUCUUGAAAUGGUAUCAAGGUUUGCAAUGCCAUGGAGCUAUAUUCGUCAUUAUCUACCAACAGAUGUUGAUCAAAUAACAUUCAAACAAAGAAAAAGAGCGAUUACUCAAUACUGUCAACAUCAUAAUGCAACAUUGGAUACACUCCAUCAUCUAUUGGAAUGGUCUCCAGUCGUUCAAAUUGAAUGGCAGUACUUGAAAAGCAAUGGUUGUGAUAUAAGAAAUAAAGAGAUAUUGGAAUAUCUCAUCAAGAGGUGUGGAGAUUCGUCGAAUGACUUUCUUGUUUGGGCAAUGAACAGCGCGAUAAAUAAUGGAUAUCUCUCGACCGUCAAAUUGAUAGGCUCUUACGAUGGUUUAAAACUAGAUAAAACAACAAUGGACAGAGCUGCUAGAGUAUCAAUUGAAAUUGUAAAAACUGAAGGUUGUUCAAAGAAUGCUAUGGAUAAUGCAGCUACGAAUGGCCAUUUAGAGAUUGUCAAAUUCUUACAUGAACAUCGUCAAGAAGGAUGCAACAAAGUGGCUAUGGAUCAUGCCUCAAGAAAAGGCCACUUGAAUGUGGUCAGAUAUCUUCAUGAGCAUCGUAGUGAAGGUGCAACGAGCAGUGCUAUGGAUUGGGCAGCUUGCAAUAAACACAUUGAAGUUGUCAAAUUUUUACACUUUAAUCGAAGUGAAAGUUGCCCGAAAAGGACUAUUCGAAAUGCUUGUCGUAGUGGGCUGCUUGAAAUAGCAUCUUUUCUCAUCAAUGUUAGAAAAGAGAAAUGUGAUGUAAAGGUACUUAUGGCCGCAUCAACUAGUGGGCUCUAUGAUAUUGUCAAAUCGAUUCUCGAGCAGUAUGGCGAUCAAAUAGGAAUAGAAUCAAUUGAAAAUGUCAUUCAACAAAUGAUUACUAGUACUAGUACGAGUCCUCAUUCCGAAAUCAUUCAAUUACUCGAAAUUCAUUUGAAGCAGCAGCAGAGAGAUCAUCAAUAA